AUGGAUGGAGGGGGGAGGGUUGCAGGAACUGGGGUGCAGUUGAAGCCGGCUACCGUACAUGGCUCGGUGGAGUGUGUCGAGUUUGAUAAACUUAGCGGGAGCUCGAACCUAUUCGCGCUGCAGACGAUGCCAGUGUACUUUGGGGCCAGUCGCGUUCCGUGGCGGCUGCUCGAUGUUGGGGUCAAGGAGCGGAAGCCGGCGUCGGAGUCCGGCAGUGCAGGGGCUGCGAUGUGGCUUGCGUUGGUGAGAUUUCCUCCACGAGGUGCAUGUCCGAUGCCUGCGGCCAUGGGGGGAUGGGGAGUGAGAUGA